UGUAGUGAUGAAAAUUACAGCUAUUUGAACCAGGUACCCGGCUUGGAUAAGGUUUCGCAUUGUGUUAUCUGUGAUAUUCGCAUCUACUGUCGUUGAGCGGGGACGACGUUAGAAGCGCCAUGAAGCGGAAGUCCAAGCAUGUUGUCGAAACUGAUUCUGACGCAUCGAAUUCUGAUGCUGACAACAGUAAGAAGAGGAAGCGUCCUUCAUCAGAUUCCUCGUCGGACACCGAAGACGAAAAGGAUGCCGAUUUUGCUCCUGCGAGCCAAGCCGCCAAGAAGAAGGUGGCUAUGAAAAGGAAACCCAAGAAAGCGCGUGGAACAGUUGGAGGUUCAGAUUCCGAUUCGUCUGAUGGGAGUUGGGCCGAUAAUUUCACUGAUGGAUACGAUGACAACUUGAUGGGAGACGAGGAUGAUCAGAAACGUCUUGCUGCGAUGACUGAAAAAGAACGAGAACAAGAAAUUUUCAAGCGUAUUGAACAACGUGAUGCACUUCGUGCCCGUUACGAAAUUGAAAAGAAAUUACGGGCUGCUCGUAAGAAAGAUGGUAAAGUGGCUCCACCAAAACCGUCAUCAUCGUCGUCAUCCGAAGACGAGGAUAAUGAGGAUGGCCUGGACGAUGAUGAAGACGAUGCCAAGACGCGAAGUAAAACUCGGGUCCAAACUAUGGAGGACAAGCGAAAAGAUCAGAAGUUCGAUGCGUUCUCGAUGUUGAAAGCUAAACGAGAGAAGCGUGAAGAGAAAAAACAAACUGAGGAAACUGAGAAAAAGGAUGACGAGGACCGUUCUUCGGUUGACAGCAGUGCAGAUGAUGCGGAUGAGGAAGUGGAAGUUGAAAAGAAGGAAAAAUCAAAGAAGAAAAUGAAGAAGGCGAAGAGAGAUGAAAAUGGUCGGAAACUAAGAGCGUCUGAUGUUUAUUCAUCCGAUUCGAGCGAAAGUGACUCCGAUUCCGAGGGUGGAACUAAGAAGGUCAAGAGAGGUUCUUCAUCGUCAGGUUCCUCUUCUUCAUCAUCAUCAUCAUCGUCGUCGUCCUCUGAUUCCGACUCCGAUGACGAAUCCCAGGCUGAGAAACCCGCGGAGAAUAUCAAGUCAAGAGAGGACUUGAACAGAAUCCGUAUUUCCCGAAAUAAGUGUGAAAAAUGGUGUCAUAUGCCGUUUUUUGCCGAAACCGUGAAGGGAUGCUUUGUGCGCAUCGGAAUCGGUAAUAAUCCGUCCACGGGCGUGGCGGUUUAUCGUGUCGGUGAAAUCCUCGACGUGAAAGAAACUGCCAAAGUCUACCAGCUGGGUAAAACUCGAACCAACAAGGGUCUCUUGAUUCGUUCUGGAGCUCAGGAACGCGUGUUCAGGCUUGAGUUCGUUUCAAACCAGGAAUUUUCAGAGACAGAGUUCCAGAAGUGGGUUGAAGUUACUUCGAUGGGUGGUCUACCACUUCCCACGAUGAAACACGUGGAAGAAAAAACCGCUGACAUCAUAAAGGCGAUAUCGUAUGAGCUAAAGGACUCUGAUAUCGAGAAAGUCGUGGCGGAGAAAGCUCGCUUCCGUCCGGGUCCGUACAAUUUCGCAAAGAAGAAAACCGAGUUGUACAAGGAGAAAGAAAUGGCCGUUUCCCGCGGUGACACAGCAGAGGCCGCCCGCAUUGGUCAGGUGCUGAGUGAGCUCGAAGAACGCGCCGAAGGAUUGGACAAGACGCGGUCGUCGACGAUCCAAAUCAUUGCCUACAUUAACGAACGUAAUCGGAAAAUGAAUGUGAAGUCUGCAGAAAGCGCCAUCCUUGCCGAGGCGAAGGCUGCCAAGGGCAAGAAAGUCGACGAUCCGUUCACGCGAAGGUCUACGCGUCCCACCAUGAUGCAUCGUCCUUCAACAACGACGCCGUUGGAACAGAAACCUUCGAAUACUACGCUUCCGGAGAAGAAACACGUGGAACACAAAGAAGUUUCCAAGGAAGAGAAGAAGACUCCGACGGAUCUGUUUAGUGCGCACGACUUCGACAUCCAGAUAGAUCUGGACCCCGCCAUGGCCGUGUUGCCGUCGGUUGUGCCCGUGACGAGCAAGCCGGUGUCGAGCUUGCCCAAGGAUGGCCCGAAGCGGUGUUUGAACCUGGACGAUUAUAAGAAGCGCAAGGGGCUUAUUUAGGGAAUUUUUAAAGGAUUAGUGACAUUUAUCCUGGCUUUCAUGUAUGUUUCGAACAUCAACCGUGAAUGAGAAAUGAACAAAGCUGUCCCUUUCUCUCGUCUUCCGAUGCUUUGUUCUUUCCAUAAGAAGAUAAUGAUCCGCAGGAUCUCUUCGUCAGGUAAAAAAAUAUUCAGUUUCUUUCAAGUCUCUUCUGUCUUCUCUGUGGAAGUUGAAUAAUUUUACCUGAGCAACUUUCAACUCACUUAGUGGCAUAAUAGAUUUGAGUUGAUUUACCAGGAUGCUUACUGGUCGUAGAAUGGAUUUCAAAUCUUGUUCAGCAACGAACCUGACCUUAUUUUUAAUUAUUUUCCAGUUAUAAUUUGGUCUGAAUCCUUUCAUAUGCUAUGAGUGGUUGAUGGUGGAAGUCCUUUUUUAAUGAGAAAUGACUAUUCCUAUGAUUCAGUUUCCUGAUUUGUAUCAUGCUGUAAGAAUAUUUGUGGAGGUGUUCGUCCGACUUCUUGCCUGUAUUUAAUGACAAACUCUUUCGUUCGAAGACGAUCUAAUCCUUGUGAAAUUCCCCGAAGAAGCUGCUUAGAGUUCAGUGGCAAAACAAGGACUUGCCCUCGAAGUUCUUUUUUUUGUGAUUUGUGUCGAUCCCAUUGAAAUGGCCGAGAUGUUUUCAGAUAUUGUUUACGAAAAAGAAAAUGAACUGUGGAACGGUACCGGUGUGAUGAUUCAA